AUGCCUUCCGUAUGGGAAGACAUAGUGAAAGCCAAGCGCGACAGUCUUCAGAAAGCUAUUCCAACCGAAUGGAUACUACCUUCCUCGAUCCUCCCUCCCCCCGAGCAAGCGGACGUGUCGAACAUUUAUUGCCGAGAGUGCGCCGCGGCGGCUCAGCAGCUUAUAAAUCCAUUGACGGAGAUCUUUUUCGAUGAGGCGCUAGAAAUGGCAAAGACUUUGGAUGAAGAAAUUCAAUUGACAGGAGAGCCGAAAGGUCUUUUACAUGGCUUGCCGAUUUCGAUCAAGGAUAAUUUUCAUAUUCAAGGCAAGGACGCUACCCAGGGCUUCACAUCCUUGGUCGGCAAACCAGCAGAAUACCAUUGUUCGAUCGUUCAGGCAUUGAUAGAUGCCGGCGCGGUAUUGUACGUCAAGACCAACGUCCCACCAGGCAUGAAGAGAGCCGAGACGGAGAAUACUCUAUUCGGGAAAACCCUCAACCCAUUCAACCGACACUCCUGGAGUGUGGGUGGCUCUUCAGGGGGUGAAGGCGCCCUUCUUGGUUUCGGCGGUAGCCCCCUUGGCAUUGGUAGCGAUAUUGGUGGCUCUCUACGGAUUCCAACCUCUUGUGCAGGGAUUUUCACCUUGAGACCAUGCGUUGGCCGCUUCCCUAUGUCCAAAACGAGCGUCCUUACCGCAGGACAGGAUAGUAUCAUGGCUGUUCCGGGCCCCAUGGCGCGCACCAUGGAGGACCUAAUUUUAGCCUCCCGCGUCAUCAUUCAGCAGUCCCCAUGGAAGUAUGAUUCUCAGUGUGUUCCCCUCCCUUGGAAGCCUGUCGACCCACCGACACGGCUGAAGCUGGCUGUUAUGUGGGACGAUGGCAUGGUAACGCCGACUCCACCAGUCCGAAGAGCGCUACAGGGCGCAGUGCACACUCUGCGAGAUGCUGGUCAUGAGAUUGUGGACUGGAAAAUCUCCCCAGGAGAAAUUCAAGAGCUGGUAGAGGUUGCAUUUGGAAUCUUCCUUUCUGACGGCGGCCAAUGGCUGCGCAAAGUUCUGGAGCCCACGGGUGAGCCGAUUCCGUCCGGUCUAAGUUGGCACGACAAAAGCUCGCCAAAGACUAUCUUUGAAAUGCAUGAGCUUCAUGUGAUGCGAGAUAAAAUUCGCAUGGAAUGGUUUGCCAAAUGGGAUUCGUUCAAGGAGAUUGAUGGGAUUCUUCUUCCUACAUCUCCUUACAGUAUCCCCGAACAUGGGAACUUCACACACGUCGUCUAUACCUUGAUGUUUAAUCUCCUUGACUGGCCAGCUACAUCUUUUCCAUCAGGGUACUAUACAAAUGCCGAAAUUGACGGUCCAUACGUGAAUCACGCACCAUUAAGCGAGACUGAUAAGAAGAUACAGCGAGAUUACAAUCCAAUCUCAUCCGACAAAGCUCCGAUCAGUUUCCAGAUUGUAGGCCGUAAGAUGCAGGAGGAGAAAACGUUGAUGAUGACUGACAUCGUGUACCGGACGCUAAAGGAGGCUUCGAAGGCUUAGGUAGAUACAUACAGAAGGAUGAUAUUUACCUGAACCCAUUU